GCCAGAAGAGAAAGAGAGGGAGGGGACAAAGUCAGGAAAACCACCUAAAGCGGCUGGUGCAGGGGCGCAGGGGAAAAUCAUUGCAGUUAUUGGUGCAGUGGUGGACGUGAAAUUCGACAAAGAAUUACCCCUAAUUCUCAAUGCCCUCGAGGUUCCCGGACGAACGCCACGUCUGAUCCUCGAGGUGGCCCAACACCUAGGCGAGAACACUUGCCGCACCAUAGCAAUGGACGGCACGGAGGGACUGGUUCGCGGGCAGCCUAUCGUGGACACAGGCGCGCCCAUCACCAUACCCGUUGGUGAACCAACGCUGGGCAGGAUCAUGAAUGUUAUCGGGGAACCUAUUGACGAACGAGGUCCCAUCGAGACUGAUCAGUUCGCACCGAUACACGCGGAAGCGCCGCCUUUUGUCGAGAUGUCGGUGGAGCAGGAGAUCCUGGUCACUGGGAUAAAAGUGGUGGACCUUCUCGCGCCUUAUGUCAAGGGAGGUAAAAUAGGACUCUUCGGCGGCGCAGGCGUCGGCAAGACAGUGCUCAUCAUGGAGUUAAUCAACAAUGUGGCAAAGGCGCAUGGAGGAUUUUCUGUGUUCGCUGGUGUCGGGGAGAGGACUCGUGAAGGCAACGACUUGUACAACGAGAUGAAGGUGGGAGGUGUUAUUACAGAAGACUAUAAAACCUCCAAGGUCGCGUUAGUGUAUGGACAGAUGAACGAGCCACCGGGUGCCAGGGCCAGAGUUGCUCUUACCGGACUAACUGUCGCCGAGCAUUUCCGUGAUAAAGAGGGGCAGGACGUUUUGUUGUUCAUUGACAAUAUCUUCCGCUUCACGCAAGCUGGCUCCGAGGUGUCAGCUCUCUUGGGCCGUAUCCCAUCUGCGGUGGGAUACCAGCCAACGCUGGCUACUGAUAUGGGGACAAUGCAAGAACGGAUCACUACUACAACUACCGGAUCCAUCACCAGUGUUCAGGCAGUUUACGUGCCAGCGGAUGACCUCACAGACCCAGCUCCAGCCACCACUUUCGCUCAUCUGGACGCCACCACGGUACUGUCCCGGGCUAUCGCAGAGCUGGGCGUGUACCCUGCAGUGGACCCUCUGGAUUCCACCUCACGAGUGAUGGACCCCAAUAUAAUAGGCGCUGAGCAUUACGGGGUUGCGCGAGGAGUUCAGAAGAUCCUACAGGAUUACAAGUCCCUUCAGGACAUCAUCGCUAUCCUGGGCAUGGACGAGCUCUCGGAAGAUGACAAGUUGACAGUCGCUCGAGCUAGAAAAAUACAGCGGUUCCUCUCACAACCAUUCCAGGUGGCUGAAGUUUUCACUGGACAUGUUGGGAAGAUGGUUAAACUGGAGGAGACCAUCAAAGGAUUCAAAAGGAUCUUAGCCGGUGAAUUGGACCACAUCCCAGAGGCUGCGUUUUAUAUGGUUGGCACCAUUGAAGAUGUCAUCGCAAAGUCCCAAGCUCUGGCGAAGAACCUUUAAACUAUUACUUCGAUCAUUACUAUUUAA